GACAAACAACGCCAUUCGCGCAGUAAUUUUGAUAUCCAGUGAUCUAUUGGAGAUAACAUUUAUAUUUUAUACUUCAUUUCCAUACUUCCUUAUGUAUGUAAUCUACAGUACGUAAUCCAUAAUGUAUGUAAUCUGUUACUUUCUUCAAGUCUAUUCUUGUUUACGAAUUUAAUCGGAAGAAUAUCCUCGAUUAAUCUAAAACAAUUGGUGAAAUAAUAAGGAUUCAAUUAUUAUUUCAUUUUUAAACAGACUUAAUCAUGCAAAAAACACCUGUUUCAAUUCUACAAGAAUUGAUGGUUAAGAAAAAAUGUGUUCCAAAUUAUGAAUUAAUUCAUGACGGUGGUGGAACACAUGAAAAUACCUUUACCUAUCAAGUGACUUGUUCAGGUUUAACCUCAUCUGGGGCAAUAUUGUCAGCAACUGGAACCGGUCGUUGUAAAAAAGAUGCUAAACAUUUAGCAGCAAAAAAUAUGCUUGCUGAAAUUGCUAAAAAAAAUGCGUUUUUACCAUUGCCGGCAUCACCAGCUGAAUCUCCUGUAAGAACACCAAUACCUAAGCCUCAACCAGAGCCUCUUAUUCAUCCUCCUAACGAGCCUUUUAUCAAUGCAAUUGGUGAAUUGAAGGACUUAUGUGCUGAACAUGAAUUACCUGAACCGGAAUACAUAACUGUAAGUGAUAUUGGUCCACCUCAUGCACGAAUUUUUACAAUUCAUUGUAUUUUGUCGAGCUUUACAGAAGAAGGUAUAGGUACUACAAAGAAACAUGCAAAACAUUUAGCGGCACGAAAAAUGUAUGAGCGACUUAAAGAGAUAAUUACUGAGUCAAAAAGUACAUUUUCUAUAGUUAGUGAAGUCGAAGACAAAUAUAAUUCAUUAAAAAUUUCUGCUCCUCCAGAAGAUAUAGAUCAGGUUAAUAAGUCUAUCGACAUGAACAGUGUACUUGGAAAAUUAACAUCUUAUCCUAGAAAAGAUUUAGGAGUAAAAGUAUCUGAUUAUUGGAGGAACAUAAGUGAUAGUUAUUCUGUUGAAUUACGUGAAGAAGUGGCCCAGAAUUUAAUGCAAUUUAAAGCAGAUUUAACUUCAUGGGAGAUAGAUGAUGUUGAUCAGCUGGAAGAAAAUGCAUUACAAAGAUUUAGAGAAAUUUUAGAAAUGUUAAACUUAUCUAUUAAGAAAUUAGUAUUUAAUGUAGAUGGUAAAACAAUGAUUGCUUUGUAUGUGAAUACAGUUCCUGAAAUCGUAGAAGUUGCAGUAGAUGAAAAUAAGACUGAGCUAAUAAGACGUGCAUUUUCUCAAUUAGCUUGUAAUUUAAGGUUCCUUCUUUUAUAGAAAUUUAAUCAAAUAAAAUAAUAUUUAAAUCACAUUAAGUGAUGAGGCGUCUCAAGUGAUAAUUCAUAGAAGUGAAAAAGUGCAUAAUAAUGAAAGGCAAAUGAAUAAAUAAAAGUAGAAAAAUUUGCAAAACAAUAUUUUUGCUACAAUUUUUAGUUGAAUUAUGUAUUUUGGGUUUUAAUUUUAGAUUUAAAAUUAAUAGAAUUAAAUUAAUUAUUUUUUUUUUUUAUUUGUUUUGGAAUAUUUGGAUUUCCUAAUUUUACAUGAUAUAAAUCAUUACAGCAUAGACAUAAUUGCUGUAAAUGCCCAAUUAAAAACUCAAACAUUAUGAGCUUGUUAAUUUUUUUAAAAUUUCAAUUUAUUUAGAUUGAUAAUCAGUGUACAGUUUGUUUUUUCAAUUUUUAGAAAUGUACUUUAUCACUUGAGUUGCCUUUCGCCAGUUCCAUUGUACACGAUAAUAUGUUAAUGAGUGCAAAAAUGAAUAAUAAUUAAAAAAUUUGAUGAAGUUAUGGAAAUUGCAUAACUAUAUUAUUAUAUUCAGUAGAGAACAUAAAAUUUAAAAGCUAUUUACUGCAUUAUUUCUGAAAAACUAUUGAUUCAAAAUUGCUUGAAUAUGAAGGUAAAUCUAUACUUUUAUGAUAUAGAUCAAUAGUAAUUUUCAAGAAAUAAAGCAAUAGAAUGUUUUGAAAUUAUGUGAAGAGUCAAUUACAGACGUUAAUUUCCAUAAUUACACAAAGUUUUUUGAUUAUUAUUAAUUAUUAAUUAUUUAUCUUUCAUUAACGUAUUAAUGUUUACAAAAUAACUAUUAAAAAAAAGAAUUUAUUUUUUCUAAAUUUUUUAGUUAUAGAUUAUUGUAAGAUGAAUAUAUUUUGGUAUCUGGAAGCUACAUAAGAAAGUUAUUCUUUUAUUUCAUAUUACAUGUGUUGAAAAUAAAGAAGCAAUAAUUUUUUUUGUUGAUAUGAAAAAUUUUUCGAUUUAAAGGUCUGCGACCAAAUGAUUUUCGAUUAAAAUUUAGAUAUACCAUUUAUCUGUCAUUACAAACUGAAUAAAUUAUAAAAUUUAUGGUAUCAAAAUCAUUGAAAAUAAGUAUAGCUCAAAGUUAUCAACUUAAAAUGUGAUCAAGAGCAAACACAUUUAUAAAGUAAACUACUAAAUGUGUAUUUCAGAUAUGCUCAAUAAAGACCUGUGAUUUUAUACCACUUAAAAGGUAUUACAGCCUUCAAA